AUGUUGGGUUACAAAUGUCUCCACUGGAGCAAUCUCAGCGAUUUACCGCCAUUAAAGGACCCUGAAACCUUCUCUCUUCCGACUUCCAUUCCCCAAUGGCCUCCAGGUAAAGGCUUUGGCUCCGGAAGAAUCAAUCUCGGCAAAUUACAAGUCAUCAAAAUCACGAAUUUGGAAUUCAUAUGGCGAUUCAGAUCCGCGGAGAACAAGAACAAGAGAAUUUCUUUCUACAAACCAAAGGGAUUGUUGCCUAAAGAAUUCCAUUGCUUAGGUCACUACUGUCAAUCUGAUUCUCAUCCCUUGAGAGGUUAUGUUCUUGUGGCAAGAGAUGUAGUAGAUUCAUUAGAACAGGGGGAAAAGCCUGCGUUAGUGAAACCUAUUGAUUUUACACUUGUCUGGAGCUCGAAUGAUUCACUAGAAGAAGAAUGUAAUAAGAGCGAAUGCGGUUACUUCUGGUUACCGCAGCCUCCCGAAGGUUAUAGAUCAAUCGGUUUUGUGGUUACAAGGAGUUCCACGAAACCCGAUUUGAAUGAAGUUAGAUGUGUCAGAGCUGAUCUUACUGAUACAUGUGAAAACCGUAAAGUCAUUGUCACUGCUGUUUCAGAAUCUUUAGGUGUUCCUUUGUUUAUAUGGAGAACUCGGCCUUCAGACCGCGGAAUGUGGGGCAAAGGUGUCUCUGCAGGUACUUUCUUCUGCAGGACUCGGCUAGUUGCUAGAGAAGAACUCGGUAUUGCUUGUCUAAAGAAUCUAGAUUCAAGUUUACAAGCAAUGCCAAAUGUUGAUCAGAUACAAGCUUUGAUUCAACACUAUGGUCCAAAACUAAUCUUCCACCCUGGUGAAAUCUACUUACCAUCAUCCGUUCCGUGGUUAUUCAACAACGGCGCAGUUCUCUACGAAAAGGGAAACCCGAACCAUCAACUUAUCGAUCAAAACGGCUCAAAUUUGCCUCAAGGAGGAAGCAACGACAAGCAAUUCUGGAUCGAUUUGCCGUGUGAUGAUCAACAAAGAGAUUUCGUCAAGCGAGGAAACCUCGAAAGCUCGAAACUUUACAUUCACAUUAAGCCUGCACUUGGAGGAACGUUCACGGAUCUAGUCUUCUGGAUCUUCUGUCCAUUUAACGGACCAGCAACCCUAAAGCUAGGACUCAUCGAUGUCUCAUUGAUCGGUAUUGGCCAACACGUCUGUGAUUGGGAACAUUUCACACUCAGAAUCAGCAAUUUCUCCGGUGAGCUUUACUCAAUCUACUUCUCUCAACACAGUGGCGGCGAGUGGAUCGAAUCUUACGAUCUAGAAUUCGUUCGAGGAACCAACAAGGCAAUUGUUUACUCGUCGAAACAUGGUCACGCGAGUUUUCCUAAGGCUGGGAUUUACUUACAAGGAUCGACGAUGCUUGGGAUUGGGAUAAGGAACGAUACUGCGAUUAGCGAUUACUUCGUUGAUUCGAGCUCAAAGUACGAGAUCGUUGCGGCGGAGUAUCUAGUCGGCGACGGUGUGGCGGUGGUGAAAGAGCCACCGUGGCUACAGUAUAUGAGAGAAUGGGGACCAAAAGUUGUGUACGAUUCGAGGGAGGAGGCAGAGAGAUUGAUGAAUCGAUUUCCGAGGACUGUUAGGGUUUCGAUUGCUACCGUGUUGAGUAAACUUCCGGUGGAAUUAUCCGGCGAAGAAGGUCCGACGGGACCAAAAGAGAAGAACAAUUGGUACGGCGAUGAGAGAUGGUGA